AUGCCGUCAUCCUUGUCACUCUCAAUGUCUGACCUGGCAGAGGCACUGUCGACAUCCUCCCCUGGUUCUUCCGCAACUCUACGUGGGCGCCCGACCAAUACUGCGUCGCCCGCGGCCUCCAUUUGGAAGCAUCUCCCAGAGGCUGGAUUCCGGCAGCAUGUCGUCGAGCUGGAGAAACUGACAAAUGCCGUGCCUGUGGAUGCUCAGACUUUCCCUCUGCCUCGGCAUGAUGCGGCAGCGGAGGCCGUUGAAAAAUCCGAUGGUCUGGUAGCGGACUUGGGCGGCCCAAACUCCGACACAAAAAACUGCCAACCCCGCCAACUCUCGCUGGCCAACGAGCAACGCCUGGCUGAUGAUAUCGCCUAUCUCAUUGCUGUCGGUGAAGGGGCGCAGUCUGUUGCCGCUGCUACUGUCCAAGAAGGUCGUAAUCUCCAAGAUGGAAAAGAUGGAAAAGGAAUGAAAAUCACCGUUGCAUCCGUUGAUGCGAUCGAACCCAGCUCACAAGCGUUUCUACGAUCCAUUUUUCAGAAAUUGUCUGCCGAGCCAAGCCCGAAAACCUUAUUGCAGGAUCUUGUGGACGAGGUCACUCGACAUCACCACAUUCGUCUACUCAACCGUCUUCGGUCGUGCAAGUGGAAGAAGCCAGUCUACCUCUCCCGCACCCACAAGAAACCCCUGUAUGCCGACUUUGCCAACCUCGUCCAUCGCGCCCAGUUCUUGUAUACCAGGAGAGAGGCGAAUACACGUGCCCAGCUCGAACAACAGCUUUUGGCUCUUGCUGCACUUCUUGAGGCCUUUGAGACGGCAACCGAUGAUGACCAUGAAAAGCUAGUAGGGAUUGUCCGCUCUAGCUACAAUGUAUGCACUUCGCCCCUCGUCGCAGACUAUCUCGGGCGCCUGCAGGGGGUCAGGGCAACAACUCAAAUUCAGGCGUGCCUAAAAACCUUGCGCCAGCUCGAAAAGAUCGCUGCAUACCACCGCAUCUGUCUAACUCUAACAAGGCUAUCCCAAUCUCAUGCCAAGAUUUUCGCUAGCGUCGAGCUCCUCUUUCUGCCUCCAUACGAGGCGGUGCCUCUCACCACCGUCGCCUACCAACCGUGGGCGAAGGCGACUCACGUGCACGCAGAGGUUAUACUCAGCGUCCAUCAUGAUCUCGAAUUCCAUCGAUCACAACCUGAAGAGCACCCUUGGCACAAGCCGAGGUGCCUUGGCGCCUCCAAGUACUUUUGCUAUCUCUGCUUCCUCUUCAUUCGACACCACGGGGCUUACUUCGCGGCUAACACGCACGGGGCCUGCUAUGACCAGUGGACAGUACCGGACCUCGCCGAAUAUCCUGAGACAUUAGCCAGCCGUUAUAGUGAGGUAUUACGCGCCAUGGACGCCGACGUUCAAAAUCAGACACGCGCCGCGGUGUGGAGGCCAGAGCCCAUGACGAGCCGGGAAAAUCUGAUUGAGACGACAGAAUGA